AUGGCCAUGAGUUCGUAUAUGGUGAACUCCAAGUAUGUGGAUCCCAAAUUUCCUCCUUGCGAGGAAUAUUUGCAGAACAGCUACCUGGGCGAGCAGGGGGCCGAGUACUACAGUGCCUCGCAGGGCUCUGACUUCCAGCACGGGGGACUCUACCCACGGUCAAACUACAGCGAGCAGCCCUUUAGCUGUAGCAAUGCCCAAGGCUCCGCCGUGCAGCCGCGGGGUCACGGGAAGGAGGGGGACGGCCGCCCGGGACGAAUCCAGCCCGGCCACAUGCUCGCUGCUCGUAAGGUUUUCUUUUGUAAAGUCGAACCGGCAAGUCAAGAUUAGCUUUGUAAAGUUCUCCGUGUUUUUUUCCCAGUGAAUCCCAAUUACAACGGAGGGGAACCUAAACGCUCCCGCACAGCUUACACCAGACAGCAAGUCCUAGAACUGGAAAAGGAAUUUCAUUUUAACAGGUACCUGACCAGGCGCCGCCGUAUCGAGAUAGCCCACACUUUGUGUCUCUCUGAGCGCCAGAUCAAGAUCUGGUUUCAGAACAGAAGAAUGAAGUGGAAAAAAGACCACAAACUGCCCAACACGAAGGGCAGGUCUUCCUCCUCUGGUUCAAACCCCCAUUUACAGACUGGUUCCAAGGACCAUCAGACUGACUUGACAACUUUGUAG